AUGUCGUCGGAAACUAAACGCUGGGGAACUCGUCCGUUUUGGGGCUUGUCCUUUGAUUAUGACCCACAGUGGUUCUUGACAGAGGAGCAAAAAGAAAUACAAAAACGACUGAUUGACCUUUGCAGAACAACUCUGAGGCCUAAUGCGUUAGUAUCGGAUCAGCGUUACGAGUUUCCUUACAAGAACAUGAAGGCUUUAGCCUCGCAAGGCCUUUUGGGACUAAUUAUACCAAAGGAAUACGGUGGCCUGGGUCAGAAUCACGUGUGUAUGGCUAUGGUUGUGGAGACAAUAGCACGAUAUGGCUGCCCGAGUACUGCCAUGGUGUGUGUUAUGCACUACAUUGCUGUGAGUGCACUGCUGUUACGCCAUCACAGUAAUGCUCGAGUCCAAGACCUUCUACUUCGUGUAAACAAGGAUGCUCUGAUAGGGACAGUGUCAUACAGCGAUCCAGCCACAGGCGGACACUUCUGGUACCCAAUGUCUUCUCGGACUCAAAUGACAGCGGAUGGAAGAAUCAAGUUACUGAAGUGCGGAUCGUGGGCUACCAGUGCUGGUUUUGCUGAUUUCUAUGUGAUUAUCACAACAAGUCCUCAGUUUGACGGGAAUUUCUCGAAUAUGUCAUGCUUUCUACUUUUUAAGGUGUGCAGUAAAUGUAGAGAUGUAUUUAUGACGGAUGCUAUAGGAAGGGUUAAGGAGACCCAUCGGUGGCGUGGGUUAAUAGCGACUAUGUCGAACGUGAGACUUUGA